AUGGCGGUAUUGAUUCAUGAAAAGAGAGUGUUGGUGUUAGAUGCAAGUACAAAAAUUCCUUCUGGAAUAUUCACUGGAAACAUUGUCGAUUUAGGAAUGUUUGAUGAGUGUCUUUCAGUCUCAGAAAUCGUUGAAGAAACUGUAAUUCGAGGACGUCAUUGUAUGUAUUCUUUCAAGGUCCGCAACCUUCCUGCAAGUAUCACAUUUUCGAUUUGUCUUCCUUCAUCAUGUGACGCCCAAGAUGUUAAAUUUAUUUAUGAAAAAGUGAAGAACAAUUCUAUUGACAAAAAUGGCGCGGAAAAUUGGAAAAUCGAUGCUUUUGAUGCCACCUGUUCGAGUGUGGACAGAGAAAUAUCCGUUGGAACUAUAAUUACAAUGUUGUGGUUUCAAACGUGGGGUAGUUUAUAUGUUUUCCUUGCGGCUUUUGCGGUAGAUACAUUUUUUCUGAUCAGUGGAUUUCUGAUGACUUAUCUCGUUCUUAAAGAAAUGUCAAAUGGAAAGAAAUUCAACAUUUUUUUGUAUUAUAUUCAUCGCUAUAUAAGAUUAACACCAGUCGUAGGAAUGUUAUUAUUAAUCACAAUAUUCAUUCUCCCACAUUUGGGUUCUGGGCCAAUUUGGGAAAAAUCGUUGAAAAAUAUUCUGAGUGGAACCUGUGAACAAAAAUGGUGGACUCUUCUGGUAUAUGUUCAAAAUUACGUCAGAACUGAUAUCGAGUGCCUAGGACACACAUGGUACUUGGCAGCGGAUAUGCACUUCUAUUGGAUUUCACCAAUUAUUUUAAUCCCUCUCAUGAAAAAACCAAAAUUGGGUUUGGCGAUAUUAGGAUCCUUAGUUAUUGCCUCACUCAUAAGUGUUGGUACUAUGGUGGCUGUUAAUGGAUACAUUUCUACUUUGUAUUCGAACUCUGCACCGGUCUCUGUCAUAAAGGAUUCAUUUCGAUUCUUUUAUACAGUCUCUCACACAAGAGCAAGUUCCUGGCUUAUUGGAAUAUAUCUUGGAUAUAUAAUACAUUCAAACCCUGCGAAGCUUAGUAAGACAAGUGUAUUUUACGGAUGGUUAGGAGCAAUCGGUUGCUUUAUUUUUUGCAUUAUGGGACAAAGAGUUUGCCUCGAAGAAAGUUAUAAAUAUAAUCUAACUUUCGAAACAACUUUUGCAAUGUUUUCGAGGCCAAUGUGGGCCAUUGGAGUUGCUUGGGUUGUCUUUGCUUCAAUUUAUGGAUACGGUGGUUAUGUGACAGAAAUAAUGUCAUUGCCGAUUUUUCUGCCGCUCAGCAGAAUAUCGUUUUGCAUUUAUAUCGUCCAUGCUACUUUACAAAUUGCAAAAGUGAAUACUACCAGAACUGCUGACUAUUUUUCGGAAUUUCAAAUGAGCGAUUGGAGCAGGUUUGAUUUUCUGCACGUGCUCUCGGAAUUCUUCGAGAAACACUUUGCGGAUCAAGAGAGAAAUCCUCUGGAAGCACGAAUUUUCCGGCAAGUGUCACUGUGGUGCCGUAAAGGUAUUCCGCAAGGGAUAAAUAAGCCAGUAUCCAUGACAUUAGACCGCAGACCCAACAAGAUUGAUGAGAGGGAGGGGUGCCAAUCUUUGGUAGCAUGGCACAUUGUGGCGCUUUCAAAGAACGAUGCCACUGUUCUAGCAUGCCAUUUGCGGCUAGAUAUUAGAGUGUAG